GCCGCCGCCGUCGCUCCCCUGCUUCACCAAAAGCGGAGCGAAUCGGGGUCCAUCAUCGCCGGAGAGGGAGCAAGUGCCGUGGCUAGGUUAUUCUUCCAGUCUCAUCACCCCUACUAGCCGCCGUAAUCAGGGUCCAUCGUCGCCGGAGAGGGAGCAAGUGCGCACGUCGACAUGUACGGCAAGCGUCUGCGAACCAUCGGAGACGAUCAUGUUACUCGCGUUACAGAGGCGGAGUCCAUGGAGCAGGACAUACGUGUCCUGCUUGAUCAAAUCCAUGGUUUCUACAAGAAGGCGCUCAAUCGGCUGCCGGUAAAGGGGAUUCGCUCGUUGGCACCUCGCCUUCUCAAGGCCGGCCUUUGCAUCGGCUUCCUCGACCCAAUCUCCAACAUCAUCCUCAACACCAUCUCCUACUGUCCUUCGCCGUUGCCCAGCCUCGAGGAGGGUGUACUGGCGAGGAAGACGAUCUUGUCCAAGAUCAUUACCGACACUGACGACCCCAGAGUCUUUGAAUUACCGCUGGACGCGCACGCGGCCCACAGCAUGACGGUCGCGCGGCGGUCUCUGGAAGGUCUCGUGAGCUUCCUCAUCUACUACUACCGCUACCUCGCGGAGGCAGAAGCCCUGCGCUACCUGCGCCUGGCCGGGGCCGACCUCCUCGUUGCCGUGUGGCUUAUUGAUCAAGAUCGUAACAAGCCCUCAGUGUCCGUCUCUGACCUGCUUGACAGGAAGCCUCCGUUCGAUAUCUCCUCCCCUACCACCAAAAUAGCCCUGCGCUGUGCAGCCGCCUCCGCGAGGCACCCCGAACCAGCCAUUCUGGCGAGUGCGUCACUGUUGCUGGCAUCGUCGCUGGGUAAUGUAUCUGAGUAUCUACAUCGGCAUCCCCGCCUCUCCAUUAGAAUGGUAAGGUGCCUCCGCCAGUGGCUCAGUCUUCAAGACUGUCGAGAUAUGCCCCCCAUGGACAUAUGGCGUCCCAUGUAUCUUGCCACUUUACGUCUUACUGUUGGGAAGAGGAAGGAGAAGAAGGAGAAUUCUACGUCUGGAUAUACAGAGUCUUUGAAGCUGUUGCUUCUCGACAAGAUCCACGAGCUUUACCUAGAUGCUCUUUCCAAGCUAUCUGGAGAUGGCUUGUGCAAGCGUCUCGCCUGCAGCCUCCUCAAGGCUGGCUAUUGCUAUGGCCCAAUGGAUCCUGUCUCAAACAUCAUCCUCAACACUGUCUGGUAUGGCUCUACAUUCUCUACACACCAUGAGUUUGAGCUUAGCUUUGAGGUGGACAUGAUAUGCACCAAUGCCCUGAUGCGCAUAGAGUGCUGCUCUCUCUAUGGCCUCGUUGCCUACAUGCGCACUCUCUUCAGCGCUCUAACAGAUCAUGAUGCCAUAUGGUACCUGCUCAUAAGCAAUGCUGACAUCCGUUCUGCCAUUAAAAUGGCAGAAGUGGAUGGCCAUUCUGUGUGCUAUGACAAUGACCCUUAUAGGGAAGCAGCACGUGCUUCAUGGCAUCCUGACACUGAUGCUCUGGUAAAAUUCUUUUCGUCAUCCAUAAUCACAGAAUCCACUGAGUCAUGUGUGCCGACUCUUGCACUCACGGUUGGUGGAAUUGAGCGGCUCGCCAUGUUGAUUUCACCCAAUCCUUCACCUACCAACUCAAGCUCAGAGACCUUAUCAAAAAACCAGAAAAUGUUCAUUCGGGCGGUUCAAAAGAAAUUUAAAGCUGACCAAGGAUUCUUUGUCAGGAAAGUCACUGCUGCAUUGUUCAACUAUAGUCAGCAAACAGGGGUGCAAUAUGAACUUCAGGUGAUAUGCACUGUGAAUCCUGUUGUGGUUGAAGGUACAAGUGUUGCCCUUUUUAAGAAAAAUGGCAAAUAUGAGUAUUCUCAUAUCAACUUUUUGGCAACGCCCAAGGGAUCAAACUUCUCUGCCCCUGGUCCAGUACUAUUUUUUGCCCAAUGUAGCAAUGGUGAUAAAGAUGAGGAUGAAAGACCAUCCAUGUGCGUCCCUGUAUCGAGUUCCUGGAUAUCUGAUGUUCGUUGCUUUAACUGUGAGCACAAGGGGAUAAAAAUUGUUCAUCCAUACCAUGAAACUUAUCAUGGGCGUGGUGAGGACUUUGUUGCAAUGGCUCGUGGAGAUCAUAACAUCUGCAAUGAAGACCUAAUCAGCUCAUGUGAAUUUCAUGCCGAUCUGAUGUGCACUUUAAAGGAGGAUUGGAUCUUUUUUGAUCCUAACAUGGACGGUACAAUUGCUGACAAGAAUCCCAUUGAUGACUGCGCUAGGGCAAUGAAGAGGUGGAAAAACAGAAUCUUUUGACAUGGUGCUGCUUGAAAACAUCACAGUGAAUAUCAAGUGGUUUGUUAUGACACAAACGACUGACAGAAGAGUAUGCGUGCUCCCUCAGAAAAAAAAGAGUCUACGUGCAAUGUGGUCUUAUAUUUUCCUUUCUUUCUCAUUAAUAGGUAGUGAUGCACACUGGUUUGUUUAUUGCUCCAUCUAUGAGCUUCACUUGUUAUCUUGCAAUCCGUUUGUUUACUCCAGUGGAGAUGCUGCACUCAAUUAGUAUAUUUUUCUGUCA